UCUCUCUCUCUCUCUCUCUCUCUCUCUGUCAAUGGCUGUUGUAAGACUUUCCUGCAUUGUCACCUUGAGUUUGUUUUUGACAAUAGUUGACGCUAGAAUUCCAGGUGUUUACACCGGUGGGGCGUGGCAAAGCGCUCAUGCUACGUUCUACGGUGGAAGUGACGCCUCUGGAACUAUGGGUGGAGCUUGUGGGUAUGGAAACUUAUACAGCCAAGGCUACGGAGUGAACACGGCGGCGCUAAGCACAGUUCUGUUCAACAAUGGUUUCAGCUGUGGGUCGUGUUUUGAGAUCAAGUGUGACAGUGACCCACAGUGGUGCCACCCUGGUAGUCCCUCCAUUUUCGUCACUGCCACCAACUUCUGCCCACCAAACUACGCAUUACCCAACGACAAUGGCGGGUGGUGCAACCCUCCUCGCCCUCACUUCGACCUUGCCAUGCCCAUGUUCCUCAAGAUCGCCGAGUACCGCGCCGGCAUUGUCCCCGUCUCUUACCGCCGGGUGCCAUGUAAGAAGCGAGGAGGAAUCAGAUUCACAAUCAACGGCUUUCGAUACUUCAACUUGGUUUUGAUCACCAACGUCGCGGGUGCAGGGGAUAUCGUGCAGGUGUGGAUCAAAGGGUCGAAAACAAAUUGGAUGAGCAUGAGUCGCAAUUGGGGUCAAAAUUGGCAGUCAAACGCAGUGCUGGUUGAUAUCAUUCCGAAAGCUUUGAGCCAUGAGAUUUUUGAAAGAUUAGUGUAUCAACAAUCUACCAACUCAGCGUUCUACGCUCAGUGGAAUUCUUCCACUAGACCAAAAAACACCAAGAAAGGGAAGCCAAAACCUUCAUUUGACUUUGCCUCAAAAUCGUCCAAUUCUUCUCUAGUUUAUUGUCAACUCUGUGACAAGGAGGGACACUUGGCUAAACACUGUUGGACAUUUCUUAAUCUCAAGAAAAAACAGUCUACCAACCUUGAUGAGACUUUUGCUGCUUGUUCGAUUCCGGACUCCAACGACUUUGAUUGGAUCGGGUUACAAGAGGAGUGCUUAGGGUCGACAGAUGUGAGAAUGGCAUAUAUCAUUCCGAAAGCUUUGAGCCAUGAGAUUUUUGAAAGAUUAGUGUAUCAACAAUCUACCAACUCAGCGUUCUACGCUCAGUGGAAUUCUUCCACUAGACCAAAAAACACCAAGAAAGGGAAGCCAAAACCUUCAUUUGACUUUGCCUCAAAAUCGUCCAAUUCUUCUCUAGUUUAUUGUCAACUCUGUGACAAGGAGGGACACUUGGCUAAACACUGUUGGACAUUUCUUAAUCUCAAGAAAAAACAGUCUACCAACCUUGAUGAGACUUUUGCUGCUUGUUCGAUUCCGGACUCCAACGACUUUGAUUGCAUACAGGAUCGGGUUACAAGAGGAGUGCUUAGGGUCGACAGAUGUGAGAAUGGCAUGUACGUGCUCGAUCAAAAUCAUCAUGCCCUUGCUUUGGUCGUUUCUUCCAAUAAGUCGAGUGCCUCUGUUCAUCUGUGA